AUGGCUCAAGAGUUCUCGUCUGCUUCAGAUUCGGUGAUGUCAGAAGGAUCCCGAGCGUCGACCGCUGCAACUCAAACAAAGAGUGACGAUGAAAGCCAGCUAAAGAAGAAACCGAGAGCAAACAAGGGCCUGCUGAAUCUGCUGGAUGAUGCCUUCAAAUACUCGGCCUACAACGAGUUUUCGAUGCCCAAUGGGUUUUUGAGAAAAAGAAAACGAUCAGCAGAAACCCAGACUACCAAGAGUCAAGACGACCAGGGUUCGAACGCUUCUCUGAAAGAUACGGUAGUGGCCAACGGAGAUCAGUUAGCGAGCUCAAUGAAAGAGCACGCUGCGCAAAAAGUAGUUUCGAAAGGAUCCAAUGGUAAUUUUGAUGUUCGUAAAAGUCGAAGAAAGACCGCUACUCCACCGUCGUCUGAUGACAAAGUGUACCAGCAACCAAGAUCUAGAGCCGCUUCGGUAACCGUGAAGGCAAAAAAUUUACCCAAAGGAGCCAUUCGCAAGAGUAGAAGUCCAAGCUUGAAGCCUGCGGAAAAGUCGACGCCAGCAAGGAAAACAUCUGGCAAAAAAUCUGUUGGCCGUCCAAAAAAGGUGGUUCAAGUCACGGAUUCAUUUGUGAGUGAUUGGGCGACUGAGUUCACCGCGUUGCCAGAAAUUUUCGACCUACAAAAGCGGUCGCAAUCAACUGCUUUCGAAUCGGAACUAAUACAUUCGUCCCAAGUCACACUCCGAAGAGACGAUCAAGAUAAGAUUCUCAAGUUGCGGUACAUUUUGUUUCCUGAAUUUGAGGAAGAAUUUGUGAUCAAUUUCUCCUCAGAUCUUUCAAGGUACAAUCCAAUGAGCGAGGUUGGUCGGAUUGUGGAGCUCACCGAUCUCGUUUAUUUACCCAAGAAGUACCGAUCAGUAAUGAAAUCUAAAAUCGUAGCGCCUUUGAACAAGGCGUUUGAUCAAGAGAGCGAAAGCGAGUUCAUUGAUGUAAUAAAUCGGUAUAACGAUUUCAUCAAGAACAUACCCAGGGAAGAAAUUAUACGGCAUUUAGAAUCACUCGACAAAGUCCCCACCGCGUUGCUGCAUAGCCUCUUGCACAUGAUAUAUGUCAGAACGAUACACCCUAACGCUGGUUCUUUGAAGAAGUAUCAGGCCUUUAGUAACUACGUUUACGGUGAACUUUUACCCCGCUUCCUCACAACUGCUUACAAGCAAUGCGAUCUCAAGCCCGACCACAUAUUCAUGGACUUGGGCUCUGGUGUAGGAAAUUGUGUUUUCCAGGCAGCCGCAGAAUUCGGGUGCAAGAUGAGUUUUGGCUGUGAGCUGAUGCCACAUGCAAGCAUGUUGACUGAGGCACAGAAGAAGGAGUUUGAAAACCGGUUUCGAUUAUACGGGCUGAAGGUAGGACCAACCCAAUUUUCGUUGAGGAAAAGCUUCAUCGACAAUCCGGCCGUACAAGAACUAUUGCCGCGAUGCGACGUUUUGUUGGUGAACAAUUUUAUAUUCGACGCGCAACUGAAUGAACUGGUUAGAAAACUGAUUCAGCCGUUAAAAGUAGGCUGUAAAAUCAUCACAUUGAAAGAUUUGAGACCUUUGGGAUAUACGAUGGAUUACACCAACACAGACAACAUUUUGAACCGACUGAAAGUGGAGAAGUUUGACUUGGCAGAGGAUAGCGUUUCGUGGACACAUCGUGGUGGAGAAUACUAUGUUUCAACAGUUCUACAGGAUAUUGACGAGUCUAUUUUUCUGAUGCACUCCAAAGGCCGUGUGCGGGCUAGAACGCCGAUCAAGUACACAAGGUAA